GCCACCAGCAGGAUGAGCUGCAGCAACCUGGCCAUCUGCAUUGGGCCCAACCUGCUGAGCCCACCCGAGGAGGACCUGCUCCCGCUGGAGGCCCUGCUGGAGGUGACCGAGAAGGUGAAGGCGCUGGUGGAGUUCCUGAUGGAGAACUGCAGGGAGCUCUUUGGGGAGGAGAGCGCCGAGCCUUGGUGUGCAGCGGGCGAGGAGUGGCCAGCCCCCGUGCCGAGAUGCAGAGACGUGCGUUUGGAAGAGCAAGGCGUCCCUGCAGGCACAGCAGCCGCCGAGCAGGAGGCAGAAGGCUUGCCACAGGCAGGCCCAUCUCCGCUCGGUGUCCUCAAAGAAGCUGGGGGAGAGAGGGUGGUGGCGUGUGAAACGGGAGAGGCCCCUCCAGCUUUGCCUCCAAGCAGCCCCGAGAGCGCGGCAGACUCCCUGGGGUGCCCACAAGAGCCGGCGAGCCUGUCAGAGGAAAGAAGGUUUGCAGGCUGUGCCCAGGACAAGGCAAAGAGAAGAAAGCGAAAGAGCAAACAGGCGUGGGGAGAGGAGAGUGCAAGGCGCGCGGCAAAGAAGAGGAGGAAGAGAGAAGCGGUUUUGGCGGAUGGAGCAGUGCAAAGACGCAGGAAGGCGCAGCAGGUCAGGAAGGCCAGGCGCUGAUUCCUUGUGGCCGGGCGAAGCGUUGGGAGUGCUGGG